UCUCAAAUCUAAAAUAAGGACUAAACAGCUUUUCAUUUGCCUUUCUACCCUUUGAGAUGCCAGAAGCAAUUUCCUCUUGAAACUGACUUCCUUUCUGGAAGUGAUUUUCAUCUCCAACCAUGUUGAGGCUCUUUUCUCAUUCUUUCAUUCUGACUAACUUGCUUUUUUCCUGUCUGACUUUCUACUGCAGUUGGGAACUUCUGGAGUAGGAGCGACAGAUCUUGCUGCUCCCCCCACCUUUUCCUGCGACUUAAUCAUUUGCAGAUCUUGCCAUGGGGUGCGGACUGAGAAAGCUGGAAGACCCAGAUGAUAGCAGCCCUGGAAAAAUCUUUUCUACACUGAAGAGACCACAAGUUGAAACAAAGACGGAUUCUGCUUAUGAAUAUGUAUUGCUGGAUUUUACCUUAGAAGCUUCUUCAAAUCCAGAAGUGAUCAGGAUCAGUUCUGUGUUGGAUAUAGCAGCUCGGGUGGAAGAGUAUUACAGCAAAGGCUAUGUUGUGGGAGCUGUGCAUCCCAUUCUGCUGCCGGUGGGACGGAGGAGGAGCUUCCCUGCAAGUCACAUGUAUCGAGUGGUGCUCUCCCGGGUAAAGCUGAGCCAGAAGCAUGCAGCACCCAGAGCACAAAGGCACCCCAGGCUGGUGAUUGAGGAAUGUCCUUUAACAUAUGAAACACUGACAAAUGAAGUAGUGAAAGAACUGCUAGAAAAGGUUAAUGAAGCUGCUAAAAGAGGAAAGAAGUUUGUGGGAUUUGUAACACAACAUUUUCCUCAUCCUAAAGCCUGUAAUGGAACAAGUGCAGAUGGAGGUGCAGAGCUGGAAUCAACACUGGGCAGAAGAAAUAGGGAACACAGAAGAGAAAACUUUGAGGAAAACUAUAAAAACUGGAAUGAAGGGACAUUGAGUGGUCACUCGUCUGAGAGUGGGAUAGAGGAAGAAAUGCAUGGAGAAAGCAGACUGUUAGAGGAUUCAGAUUUCCAGUUUGGAAAAGAAGUCAGCCCUUCUAAACCACGGAAAGGAGAUGACAAGCUCUAUACAGUCUUCAAUGUUUUUGAUGAUGAUUCUACCUGCUGGACCUACCAUGAAGGUGUUUUGUCUAUGAAAGUAACAAGAAAGGGGCCAGUUGUUAGUACACUGGAAGCAGACUGGCUAGAAUUAACUACAUUUUAUUAUAAACAAGGAUUGGCCUUAGUUGAUUCUUUUGUACACUGGGAAACUUCUAAAGGGGAUUAUUUGCCCAAAUCUUUAGAGGGAUUAUUUAUCUAUGAAGAAGAAGGUGCUGGAGUUCCAGGUUCUACCAGGAAAGGAAAUGAUGCAAUAGUUGUUGAACAAUGGACAGUCAUUGAGGGGUGUGAAAUUAAAACAGAUUAUGGACCUUUACUGCACACUCUGGCUGAGUUUGGAUGGCUGCUGACCUGUGUCCUGCCUACACCAAUUGUACGACAUGACAGUGAAGGAAAUCUGGCCACAAAGCAAGUAAUUUUUCUUCAGAGACCUGUUAUGUGGAGUUCUGCUGUCCAGACACCAGAGAGGAAAUCCUUAAGACAGAUAACUGGGGAAGAAAAAGGCAGGGUGUCCAGCAGAAGUGUUGGAUCAGACACGGCUACUUUCUGCCCUGUAGAAACUGGACAACCACCUGAUGAGUUUCACCUGUCUCCUUCUAAACAAUGUUGGAUCAAGGAGGGAUCUUCCCAUUAUGGAGGCUUCCCAGGAUUCAGUAGCAGUGAUGGAGUAUUAAGGGAACUGGAUGAUGGACAGUUUGACCAGGAGGAUGGAGUCACUCAGGUCACAUGUAUGUGAUAAGUAAGUAACUGCAUCAAAUGGACAUGUACAUAAAUCACACAAAUGGGUUUUUUAAAAAAAAAACUACACUACUUUAAAUACAUUGGUAUAAUCCUAUGACUGUUCCCAAACUCUUUUUUGUAUUUUUGUCAUUUUCCAUGUUGAGUUAAUCCUACUGUAGUAAUAAUACUACUGCAAAAUAAUUUGUUUUUCUGUCUGUCUUUAAUAGUAUAACUACAUGACUUGGGUGAUCCGCUAACUUGUUAAUGCUUUUGACAAGCAAGGAAGCAAAAGCUGCAGAACAGUGACAGUUUGAAUUGUGUGAGAGAGAAAGGAAUGAGGAUGUUUGGAAUUUUCCACAAGCUGGAGGAAUGCUUUUGGGUUUGUUUGGUUGUUUUAUUGUUGGGGGUUUUUAAGGAUGUUGUAAAUAUUGGUGGGGAAAAAUGAACUGUCUGACUGUUGUUUAGUUUUUUUAAUAUAAUUUUCACUUUUUUUGCCUUGCCGAAGUUCAAAAGCCUAGAGAAGUGUCAAGUCUUACAGUAGAGUGUUAAUAAUUUAAGCUGCAUUCAGACUUGGUAUGGACAGGAAAACUCAGGAGACUGUAGGUAGGUAACUUGUUCCUGAAAUAUAACUUCACCUAUGCAGUUUUCACAGAGUUCCUUGUACUUGUAAGCCAGGAGUUUAUAACUUGUAUUAUAAUGAUGUGUUCAUAAUGUACUUCUGAGUGGAAAUUAAGAACUGCUCAUCUCCUGAAAGAUUAACUUGCAGUCUGCAAACAUGUAGUUUGAGAAGCUCCCUAGGAAGCAUUGAGAGCAGUGUGAUGCUGCUAAUGCAUAGGAGGAAGAUGUAGGCUGAACUUCAUAGGCAGUAUUAGAUGGAUGUAUAUAUAAAAUGUCUCAGCUAAAUGUAUCUCACACUGGAUAAAGUGUAUUGAGCUGCAUCCAAUACCAGACUUGAUGUUCAGAGGAAAGGAUCAAGUUGCUGUGCUUCCAUCCUUGCUAUGGGGAGGGGCUGCUUGCAUUAAGGGAGAUUAGUGCUGGCAAGGUGCUGUGGGGAGGGGAACAAACAGCAACUGCUUUUAUGCUGCUGUCUGGAAGGUGUAUUUUACAGAGGAGAAGCUGAAUAAAAAUGCAUCUCCAGAAGGUAAAUGUGAUUAUAACUACCAUGUGCGUUUUUAAUUUAGUUCUAGAAGCAAAAAAAAAAAAAAUUUAUAAAUGCUCAUCAUCUCUAAGCUAGUGUAAAAUAAUUUGGUCAAAAUAAGUCAGAACUGAGCAAAUGUAUUCAUAACUCCACUCUGUGUUUGCAGUACAGCACACACAACACCCAGGGAUUUUGGUACCUGUCUUUGUGUGUUGUGCUGCAAACGUAGAUGUCAUUAAUCAUUUACCUACAACACCCCAUUCCCCAUGGAUGGCAUCCCACCAGCUGCUCUGCACUCUGCCUAAUCCACAGUGGUAGAUGCUGGCACUAAAUGCAGUGGGCAGAUUAAUGCAGUGACUGGAACACCAACAAUUAACUCCAAAUGAGCACCCCAGGAGAUGGCCAGGAUAGUGGAGGUUCAGCUGCAGUCUCAGAGCGGUUCAGCAAGAACAUAGCUGCUUAUUUCAAUAAGCAAAACUAAUUAAUGCAGAAAAAAAAUAUCAUUUUAUAGGGCAGGGGGUGUAGGGGGAAAACCCAUUCUACUGACAUAGUUAGUAUAGGGGGAGCUUAAAAUAAUAUUGCUUUAGAGCUGCUUCCUGAGCUACUUACAAAAUUCUUAGUGGCAGGCUUGCUUAUUUUUUCUUUGAAAGAACAACUGUUACCUGUAGCAGGUUGGGAGGUUUUCUUGCCAAAAAAUCUACAGCUCUGGAGAUUAAGCUUCAACUACUUUUUGCCAUUGCAUGCUGUGGGGAGUGAUGGGAGCACCUCCAACAGGAGGUACAGUAAGGAACCCCUCUGGCAAAGGCUCUUCUCCCAGCUUUCCCACCAGCACCUCCAGGUCAGGGAUGUGGGGCAUGAGCCUUGUGCUCAUUCCUGUCUGGGGCACUGAGGAAGGAGGAUCCCUCUGCUGGGCUGGGUGUCCCUGCAGAGCCUGCCCAAGUGCUGCUUUCUCUUGUGGCACUUCUCAGGGAGCACUGGUCAUGCUCACAGGCAG